UGCUCCCUGGGACCGAGGAAGGCGGGCGCAGGCCCCGGAGCGGCGGCGGCUGGCGUAGACUGACCCGGAGGGGCGGGGACGGCGUGGAGGAGGCAGAGGCCGGCGGUCAGCUCCACUCUCGCUCGGCUGCCAUGUCCCGCCAGGCGAAGGACGACUUCCUGCGGCACUACACAGUCUCCGACCCCCGGACCCACCCCAAGGGCUACACCGAGUAUAAAGUGACCGCGCAGUUCAUCUCAAAGAAGGAUCCAGAGGAUGUCAAAGAGGUGGUGGUCUGGAAGCGGUACAGCGACUUCCGCAAGCUGCACGGGGACCUGGCCUACACCCACCGCAACCUCUUCCGCCGCCUGGAGGAGUUCCCGGCCUUCCCCCGUGCCCAGGUGUUUGGCCGGUUCGAGGCCUCGGUGAUUGAAGAGCGGCGGAAGGGGGCCGAGGACUUGCUUCGCUUCACUGUGCACAUCCCUGCGCUCAACAACAGCCCGCAGCUCCAGGCCUUCUUCCGUGGUGGGGAGGUGACCCGGCCCUCCGACGUGUCCAGAGACCUCCACAUCCUGCCGCCCCCUCUGGUCCCCACGCCGCCCCCUGAGGAGCCCUGGUUGGCCCAGCCGCUCCCUGCAGAGAGGAGAGGCCUGGAGGAACCGGAGGCGCCAGCGGAUCCCCCACCGUCCAGCCCUGCCCAGGAGGCCCUGGAUCUCCUCUUUAACUGCGGGAGCACUGAGGCGUCCAGUUCCCCUGCCCGAGGCCCCCUCACAGAGGCCGAGCUCGCCCUCUUCGACCCCUUCUCCAGGGAAGAAGGUGCAGGCCCCAGUCCAACCCACAUGGGUGAGCUGGCAGCGAUGGAGGCAGAGACUGAAAGGCUGGACCAGGAACCCUGGGAACCUGGAGGGCAGGAGGAGGACGAGGAAGGCCGGCCUGCCCCUGCCUACCUGAGCCAAGCCACAGAGCUCAUCACCCAGGCUCUGCGGGAUGAGAAGGCAGGUGCCUACGCUGCAGCUCUGCAGGGCUACCGGGACGGCGUGCACAUCCUGCUGCAGGGUGUUCCUGGUGACCCAUCACCUGCCCGCCGGGAGGGUGUGAAGAAGAAGGCAGCUGAGUACUUGAAGAGAGCAGAAGAAAUCUUGCACAUGCACCUGUCCCAGCUCCCCUCCUGAGGAGGAGUGAACCCCAGCCCAGGACUCUAGCUCCAGCACUGCCAGCCACCACUCCCUUUCACACUCCCUGGGGCCUGGCCCAGGGUCCUGGUCUUGUAACUUUAGGGGUCAUUUCUGUAUGUAACUGGACCAACAGUGAGACAAAUACGAAUUCAGAGCUCCUUGACCGAACUGCCACUUUGGAAUCAGGACAAAACACUUCUGAUCCCGCCUCUGUAUCUUGUGGGGGCCGCACCCCUGGUCCUGAGCUAACCAUCUAGAACAGGGGUCUGCUGACCAUGGCCUGCAGCUGCAUCCUGCCCAAGGCCUUUUUUUUUUUUUUGGUAAGGCUCAU